UUCGCAGGCCGGAGACCUCGGAGCCCAGGGGUUCGUCUGAAAACAGAACCAUUGGAUCCUUUUUACAGGGACUUCGAUUAAGGAGAGGGAGCCAGAGAUAUGUUCUGAUCGUUUUGUGUCUGCAUCUGGGUAGGAUUCGAGGUCAGUAGCUCAGUUGAACAGGCAUGGUCAGCCUUUGAGGGGAACACGGCGUCAUCAUAGAGAAUACGCGCCUCGCUUUUGAACCCUCAAGCCUUGUGAAGUCGCUUGUUAUCAAAGCCUAGCAAGGAAGCGAGGCCUGGAAACGAAAAGGCGAACGACGAGACGAGAAGGCCAUGCAAUGCAAGUCCCCGCCAGCUGACCCCUUGAAUUCCCUAUUAUCCUUGUGUCCGGUGCAUUCCGCGGGUGCUUGCCUUGCUCUACUGUGCUAUGGAGACUGUUCUGUGUGCGUUUCUCGUACAUCGUACAUCGCAUACAGCGACACAGUCAGCGGCUCAGGUACAUGUCAACAAAUGCAACUUUAAACUUCCUCUCGGCUCUGAUUACACUCCGUCAAGUAACUGGUAUCCCCGUCGCUAAGACGCAUCACCUCGAACUCAGGUACCCAGUACGAGUUGGUGCUGGUCCCCGCUGUUUCCCGUGGAGCGGAAAACCUGGACUUUUCAUUGUUUUUCAAUGCACAUCCCGUUGUCCCGCUGACUCCGCAGUUUUCUUCUUGCUUCUGUUCUCGUGGUGUAGGUCGGGUCGAAUAAUAACCAGUUACUCCCUGCAUCUGUCAGCUCUCUCUUCUCUUUUCAUUAUCACUCUUGCUGCUUGUUAGGUCGUCGUUGUGUUUCGUCGUCCACUUGCAGAUAGGCUUCGGCCGAGUGAUCGAGAGAGUCCGCCGACUAACACCAUUUAUUCCAAUAAGCAAGCAUUCAGCCAUCAGCUAAACCCAGGGCUGAUUAAUCACCCCUCGAGCAUCAAUUCGCCUUGUUGUUUCUCGAUCAGUACUCUUUAGCAGUAUCGAUCCCGCUUGACCGCCGAAUCAAGUCAUCGACGACUGGUGCUCGAUCAUACGCCCUUGCGUUGCGGCCUGAUCGAUUUGAGCUUGGAUCGAUCUAUCUUCCUUGGAACGGCAACGCUUGUCUCGGUAAUUGAAAUUGGAACAGCAGCAUAGCAAUUGCUCUGUUGAUGAGUAGUGCACUAUUGGGUAAGUGAUCUUUCACAUUACUGAGAGUCGAUAUCAUCCUCUCUUCAUCAAUCAUCAUCAAUCAUUCAUCGGUUCGUCCCAUCAUAUGCCUGGUGUUUUUAAGCGAUUCUUGGCUGGACCACGGCUGGCCCCGCUACUCGAGUUGAAGGCCCACAGGCAAUUUGCAGUGGGCGGAUCUUCACUUUCCAAGUUUGAUUCGACGCCACCUCCUGCGCCCCCCUGUGCCUCCUGGACCACGCACCACUACGCGCAGUGCUGCACAGUGCUCCAAUUCAACUUUAAACCCAAUGGUCACCUCUUUUCAUCAAUUUCAUAAUUCUUCCUCAUCAACAUCUGUUGUACCGUGUAUCAGCCCCAGCUCAACAUCUUUGUCUCCGUUACUUGUGUUGCAGCUUGUUCUCGAUCGCGGUGCACGUUGAGUCUUGUUUUCUUUCCUGCUUCGCAUAUCCUCAUCCGCAUUGAAAAGCAAUUGGGUUCCUCACAACAAUCCUCCUAUUUACAGAAUAUGCUUUGCGGCGAAUCGUCUGGAAUCGUUUGUUAGGUUUCGCACAUCCACUGACACUCGCUCCUGGCUCCCAGACUCUCGACUUUCUGUCCUUCUGACUACAAUUGGCUGCUCUACCCUCCUUCGACGAUUCGCGAUCUAGCCUCCCUUACGUUCACGCCUUGAACAAUCCAACGCACCUGUGCCAGGAGAGAUGCCCCGUCGGCUUAAUCCUUUCUCAUCCUCACCCUCCAUGUCUCAACCCGUCAAGUCGGGCGAGAGGCGCCCCUCUACCUCAAAAGGCAACCGUAUCACCAACUUCUUCUCCAGUAGCCCCAAAUCCACUGGUGCCCAGCAGGCCCUUGCCGCUGCUACUGGAUUCUCUCCUUCUCCCGGUCUGCCUACUAUCUCUCUCUCAACCGCGAGCCCUGGAGACCCCAACAGCAUCGAUGCCUCAACGACCACUCUCUUCCAGCCUAAGUCGGCCGAGGAGAUCGACCGUCAGAAGCGUGCCGACGCUCAGUUCGGCCCUCUCCUCCACUCAAGUCAUCGAUACACCAGCCAGUCUCAUGGAGAGCCUCUCCAGGCCCCUGUAGAGGAUGAGCCUCCUUACUAUUUCAUUCUUACCACUUACAUCAGCUACCUGAUCCUGAUCGUUCUUGGUCAUAUUCGCGACUUCUUUGGCAAGCGUUUCGGAAACCCCAAGCACUAUCGCGCCCUUAAAGCCAGCAACGGCUAUGCAGCUCUCAACAGCGAUUUCGACAAUUUCUAUGUCCGACGCCUCAAGAUGCGCCUGGAUGAUUGUUUCGCUCGCCCUACCACUGGCGUCCCCGGACGCUUCAUCACACUGAUGGACCGCAAGUCCGACGACUUCAACCGCACCUAUCAAUAUACCGGCACCUACACUGAGACUCUCAACAUGAGUUCGUAUAACUAUCUUGGUUUCGCCCAGUCUGAAGGUCCUUGUGCCGACGCUGUGGAGGCGUGCGUCAAGCAAUACGGAAUCAGCUUCUGCAGCCCCCGUGGUGCUGCUGGUACUUCUGACCUUGCUCUUGAGGUCGAGCGUGAGGUUGCCGAAUUUGUUGGCAAGCCUGCUUCUAUGGUUUUUUCUAUGGGUUAUGUCACAAACUCGAGCUCUUUCCCCGCCCUUGUCUCCAAGGGUUGUCUAAUCAUUUCCGAUGAACUCAACCACGCCUCCAUCCGUGUUGGUGCUCGUCUUUCUGGUGCCGUUAUUCAGAGCUUCAAGCACAAUGAUAUGGCUGAUUUGGAACGUGUUGUUCGCGAAGCUAUUUCCCAGGGUCAACCCCGCACCCACCGUCCUUGGAAGAAGAUUCUGGUUGUCGUCGAAGGUCUCUACUCUAUGGAGGGUACCAUGUGUGAUCUUCCCGGUAUUCUUGCUCUGAAGAACAAGUACAAGUUCUAUCUUUUCGUUGACGAGGCUCACUCUGUCGGUGCUCUUGGCCCCCGUGGUCGUGGUGUUUGCGACUACUUUGGCAUUGAUCCCUCCGAAGUUGAUAUUCUCAUGGGAACUCUGACAAAGUCUUUUGGUGCCAACGGUGGUUACAUCGCAGCCGAGAAACAUAUUAUCGACAAGCUCAAGAGCUCCAACGCUGCUACUCAGUAUGGCGAAACUCCUGCUCCUUGUGUGCUCAUGCAAAUCUUGGCUUCCCUGAAACUCAUUACUGGCGAGCUGUGCCCUGGUCAAGGUGAGGAGCGUCUCCAGCGCAUUGCCUUCAACUCUCGUUACCUUCGUCUCGGACUUAAGCGUCUUGGCCUUAUCGUGUACGGCCACGAUGACUCUCCUAUUAUUCCUGUCAUGCUCUACCACCCCGCCAAGCUCCCUGCGUUCAGUCACGAGAUGCUUCGACGAAAAAUCUCCGUCGUCGUUGUUGGGUAUCCUGCGACCCCACUCAUCAGUUCUCGCGCCCGUUUCUGUGUUUCUGCUGCCCACAACAAGGAGGACCUUGACCGUCUGUUGACUGCAUGCGACGAAGUCGGUGACAUCCUGCAGAUCAAGUUCUCGACUGGUGUGGCAGGCGGACUGGAACAUCUUCCCGAGGGCGUUGACCCCAAGAACGAAAAGGAAUGGAGAAAGGAAAACAGAAUCCCCCUUCAGGCCCCUCGUUGGAACCUUGAAGACGUUGUAAAACACGGUGUCCAGGAUUCAAAGAUUCCCCUACGCUAAUAUCUCGGCCUCUUAAUCAAAUUUUGUUUCUGGUGUUUGAUACAUCUUUAUAAUCACUCAUGUGCUCGGAGGUUGUCUGAGUGGUGUUUGACGCUUUUCAUAGAUACGUCCUGUGAAGGAACGCGACGUUGCACGACGUUUAAUGCCCUGUUCUUCUUGGCGGCUAGCCAUGCGGCUGUUGCCCUUUUGCCCCCAAAUUCUCAUGCAAGAGGGAGGGUCUUUCUUCUUUUUUUUUUUUUGGAACGGAUUAAUGGAGUUGAAGGCGUGUUGAGGUAAUGGGCCAUGUUGGGAAUGGGAAUCAUGAGCAAGACUCACUCUAUCAACCUAAGUCUCAAGGCUGGGAUGAGUACAGCAUAUAGAGUAAUUGUUAGUCGACAAAUAUAGAUCUGAAGCAGCAUAGAUUUGCUUCAACUAAUCAAAGAAACGUAUACAUGAAGAUUCCAAUUC